AAGGGGAGGAGGAAGAGGAGGAGGGAGGGAAAGGGGGAGUGGGAGGCUGGUGCGGAGGGAUGUAGCCCAUAGCCAGGCGAGCUGGAAGGUGGGAAGCCAGAGAAGCGGCUCCGAGGGAGGUUAUAAAAGGCAGGAGCGGGUCGCUGAGCAAAAGGGAGGGCGAGAGGUGCCCACCUGCCACCACGCAGCUGCUGGCACCCGGACACGCUCCUUUGUGCGAAGCCCGGAGGAUUUUCUCCCGACAGCAGGAGCCCAGCAGCAGUGGGGGCUGCUGCCAGCCAUGCCCCAGGGAGCUGGGUGCAGCGGGAGUUAAGGAUGGUGCCCAGCCUACGUCCUGUCCUCCUCCUCCUCCUCCUGCAGGCGUUUCUCCUCUGGGAUAGCCCAGUCGCAACCUCCAUCCAAGAGCAGUACUGCGAGAGCCUGACGCCUGUCACCAACCACACCGGUCCCCAGUGCAACGCCUCGGUAGACCUGAUCGGCACGUGUUGGCCCCGGAGCGCGGUGGGACAGCUGGUAGCUCGCCCCUGCCCCGAGUACUUCUAUGGCGUGCGGUACAACACCACGAAUAAUGGCUACAGGGAAUGCCUCGCUAACGGGAGCUGGGCAGUGCGGGUCAACUAUUCCCAGUGCCAGGAGAUCCUCAGCGAAGAGAAGAAGAGCAAGCUGCACUACCACAUCGCUGUCAUCAUCAACUACCUGGGGCACUGUGUCUCGCUGGGGGCCCUCCUCGUGGCCUUUGUCCUCUUCAUGCGCCUGCGGAGCAUCCGGUGCCUGAGGAACAUCAUCCACUGGAACCUGAUCACAGCCUUCAUCCUACGCAAUGCCACGUGGUUCGUGGUGCAGCUCACCAUGAACCCAGAGGUGCACGAGAGCAAUGUGGUCUGGUGCCGCUUGGUCACUGCUGCAUACAAUUACUUCCAUGUCACCAACUUCUUCUGGAUGUUCGGUGAGGGCUGCUACCUGCACACGGCCAUCGUGCUCACCUACUCCACGGACAAGCUCCGCAAGUGGAUGUUCAUCUGCAUCGGCUGGUGUAUCCCCUUUCCCAUCAUCGUCGCCUGGGCCAUCGGGAAGCUGUACUACGACAACGAGAAGUGCUGGUUUGGGAAGCGAGCGGGAAUUUAUACCGACUACAUUUACCAAGGCCCCAUGAUCCUGGUGCUGCUGAUCAACUUUAUCUUUCUGUUCAACAUCGUCCGAAUCCUCAUGACAAAGCUCCGGGCUUCAACCACGUCAGAGACAAUCCAGUACAGGAAAGCAGUCAAGGCCACGCUGGUGCUGCUGCCCUUGCUGGGAAUCACCUACAUGCUGUUCUUUGUCAACCCGGGGGAGGAUGAGAUCUCCAGGAUUGUCUUCAUCUACUUCAACUCCUUUCUGGAGUCCUUCCAGGGCUUCUUCGUCUCUGUCUUCUACUGCUUCUUGAACAGCGAGGUCCGAUCAGCCGUACGGAAGCGGUGGCACCGAUGGCAGGACAAACAUUCCAUCCGCGCCCGCGUGGCUCGGGCCAUGUCCAUCCCCACCUCCCCGACCCGUGUCAGCUUCCACAGCAUCAAGCAGUCCACAGCUGUCUGAGCGGGGAGGGAGCUGCCGUACGGGGUGGGGGAGCUGGCGUCCCCACUGCAUGGGACCCCUGCCACGGAGCAGCACAGGGGCCAGGUCCUGCCUGCACCCACUGGUCUUGCAGAGGGCACGCCAGCUCGCUGCGGAUAUGGGAAACCCGGCAGAAGCUCCUGUCCCCCUUGCUGGGGCAGCCCUGUGGGUCAGGACAGCUGGGGUGCUGCUUUGUCAUCUCCCUGGCAGCGCUGUGACCUGCUGGGGUGGCAGAAGGAGCCAGGACAGCCCAGAGAGGUUGCAGCAGCCUCCCUGCCUGCUUCCAUCCUGGGCAUGAUGCCCCAUGUCCCAUCACUGCCUCUCUUGAGUUUGUCACUGCUUUGAGGUGACAGGACACUAGGACAUUGCUGGGACAGUUUAUGGGGCUAAUCCCUUGGGAAGCUGUGUCAGCCUUCCAGUGAGUGCAUGAUGGGAUGCUGCUGGGGGUGGCAAACCCUCUGGGUCGAUGAGGGAUGGAUGAAGAGCCCCUGGACUGAUUUCAGAUGUUGCUUUAUGUGGCUGUGUUUUUGUACCACCGGGGUUCUUUGAGCCCUUCCAGCCCUUCCCCUGCACCUUGCUGCAUCCCUGGGAUGUCCUGUAACUGCCGCUUGGUCUGACCAGGUCAUUUCUCAUCUCGACACUGAGGAUGUGAGGCAGAGUAAUGGGGUGGGAGAGGGGACGGAGCCUUGCUAGGGGUGGGGAUGGGUCCCAGGGGCUCUGAACAGCCACAUGGUAGUGGUCUGGUCUGAAGGAAGGCGUGAGGUUUAGUUAAUCCUAUGGUCUGGUCCAGCCCAGAUGGAUCUGCAGGUCUUUGCAAAGCCCCUGGCCCUCAGGCCCAUGCCCCUGCUCGGGGAUGGAAAGGUGAGGGACCUCCACAGUGAGGCAGUGGCUGAGCUCCCCAGGGGCAGCUACUGUAGGGACAUGCCGUGGUUUUGCUCCCCUCCUCCCUGCCCUGCUUUUACCUGUGCAAGCGGGCUCGGUGCCAAAGCUGCUCCUUGCUUUUACACAGGGGAUGGGGCCAAAUCAUUCCCAACGCUGGGAUUAAGUGCCUUGGAGGAGCAGCAACUUCCCUCCCCCAUGCCAGGGACCUCAGAUCAUCUCCUGUGCAGCUGCCAAGUCCCUGAUCCACCCCCGAUGCCCUGUUUCACGUGGUCCAAAAGGAGCUGAGCAGAGAGGUCCAUGCAAGUGGAGGGUUGUGCCCUGGCCUCCUCGGAGCCAGGUUUUCCCCACUCCAUAUGAGGUCUAGGGAUGCUCAGGCACGGGGAGGGGUGCCAGAGAUGUUAGAGCGAAGUCUGCUCUCUGCAUCCCAGGGAUUUUGCCACUGGAGCCCUACAGGGUCUGGCAUGAGUCCAUUCACACUUCUGUGCCUCAGUUUCCCUACUAUAAAGAACAGGCAUAAACAUUUCCUGCCCUGGGGAGAUUCAAGCAUCUUUGACAUUGUAGGACUCUGUGAUUUCCUCAGGAUACACCACCAGAAAGGAAUAAAAUCUUUCUUUUUUUCAUUAAAGGGAGGCAGAGGCAAAAACCUCCAGUUUCUUUAAACGUUUGAGAAGUUCAAUAGUUUGAAGCAAACUCCUCCUCUCUCCCUCCCACUGAGAUUUCCAACCUGCAUGGUUACUGUGCAGCUAAACCCAGAACUACCCCAUCGCCUCCAACAACGUGCUGAGAGCGACAGCUCCCGGUGUGACAGCGACCACAACGAGGACCCUCCCCUGCACGUGGGGUGGCCUUCAGUCCUUGUACAAGUUCAUCCAUCACCACCAGCCCCAGAAACUGCCCCUUAUCCAAUAUGUGGGUGAGAAAAGGACCCCCAGUGUUACGCGAUGGGGAACCUGGCAGCUCCCAGCUUUACAGCCACUUUCUGCUGAUGCCCUACAAGGAGGAGACUUGUGUGUCCCCACUGUGGGUCACUUUGAUUUCUCUGCUGGGUGCUUUGGUAGGAGUUAAUAAACAGCUGGUGGCUACAGAGAAGGGGAAAUGCCCCCAGGAAGCUUUUUUCACCAUACAUAUAAGUGGUGUUACCAAAAAGUGAUGUGCUACAUGUUCAAUUUGGAUUUUUCUAAAGCGGGGUCAUUUUUGAUGGAAAAGAAGCUGGAAAUUGAAAAAACCAAAGAAAAAACCCAAACAGAAUCAUCUGUAUUCCCAUCACUGUUUUUUCCUUCUCCUCUUGAUGGUCUGCUCUGACUGACAUGACUUUGCUUUCUGUAGCUGGAGAAGUGUGUGUAUUCUCAGCCUUGUUUGAUUAAAAUUACUUUA